AUGCCAGCUCAAUAUUCGUCCGCCCUUCACCCAGGCGCUCGAGACUCCCUCGAAUUAGCCUCGUUAGCAUCAUCCAGUCGCGGUCCCGAUACCUACUCGGACACAGACUCUAGAGCAUCAUUAUCCUCCUCGCGGAAACUUUCUCUCGAGCAAGACGACCCGUUAGAUUACAAUAAUCCCGCGAGUCGUUCCGAUUUAAGAUCCGGUCAUGGAAGAACGUAUUCGGUCAACUCCAACUUCGAUUACGCUGCGAAUCUCUUCCCGCUCUCCUCGUCUACCGCUCCUGGUUAUGCUCCCUUAGGCGCGCCCACCUCGGCCGCACAGCGCCAUGGUGGACUGGGCGGACCCUCGCUAGAAAAACACAAAACACUGACAUACUUGAACGGGUUGGGGUUGAUUGUAGGGUUAGUAAUUGGGUCAGGGAUCUUUUCGUCCCCUAGCCAGGUCAAUGUAAAUGUUGGCUCGCCUGGCGCAUCGCUAGUUGUAUGGGUGAUAUCGGGCGUCCUCGCCUGGACGGGCGCGGCGAGUUAUGCGGAAUUGGGGGGCGCCAUUCCUCUCAACGGAGGCGCGCAAGCUUAUUUAUCCAAGAUUAUGGGUGAAUUGGCUGGGUUUCUCUUCACAUGGGUAGCUGUCCUCGUUCUCAAGCCUGGUAGCGCCGCUAUAAUCGCAAUUAUCAUGGGCGAAUACCUUGUGCGCGCCGUGAUCGGAGCAGAAGCGGAAACAGUAAACCCUUGGAUCAACAAGAGUGUUGGCCUUGUCGGAUUGUUCGUCGUGACAUUCUUGAAUUGCAUAUCGACCAAGCUUGGAACCCGCGUAAACGACACGCUUAUGUUCCUAAAAUUCAUUGCUUUAAUAGGCGUUACUAUUUGUGGUAUCGUGGUGGCCCUUACUGGGUUUUCCUCUUCUGGCAAAGCCAAUGUGGAUUGGAAGAACCACGCGUGGUUCGAAGGUACGAGCACGGACGCGACCCAUUGGGCUGUUGCUUUAUAUGCCGGACUUUGGGCUUAUGACGGUUGGGAUAAUACGAACUAUGUAGUUGGCGAGUUUCGAAACCCCUCGAGGGAUCUCCCGCGUGUAAUUCACACGGCGAUGCCUCUUAUUAUUAUUUGCUAUCUCCUCGCCAACUUUUCAUAUUUUCUUGUCUUACCUCUAGAUGUCCUCAACUCUACUAAUACUGUUGCUGUUAUGUUCGGCAAUAAAGUAUUUGGCCCUGUCGGCGCACUUAUCUUUGCACUGAUUGUUAGCGCCUCUUGUUUUGGCGCUCUCAACUCAUCUACGUUUACUAGCAGCCGGCUUGUUUAUGCCGCUGCGAAGGAGGGUUAUGUCCCGGCUAUUAUUAGCCGUGUGGGUAUAGGUUCCCGGGAGCCUGGUAUGGCAACUACAAGGACAAGGAAUUGGUUUUCUAAACGACUACACAACAUGAUCGGCGAUGAAGAAACGGGGCUCUUCUUUACGCCGCUGUACGCAUUAGCGUUGAACGGCACUUUGACGGCUAUAUAUGUGAUCGUUGGUGAAUUUGGGGAACUCGUUACGUUUUAUGGGGUGGCAGGAUAUUCGUUCUAUUUCCUCACCGUUCUAGGACUGAUCAUCCUAAGAGUGAAGGAGCCGCAGCUAGAGCGGCCAUACAAGACGUGGAUUACGACUCCCAUAAUAUUCUGCUGUGUAAGCCUGUUCUUACUCAGCCGCGCGAUAUUUGCUCAGCCGUUGAAGACGCUCAUCGUCGUUACAUUUGUUCUAUCUGGGAUUCCGGUAUUUUUUUGGAGGAUACAGGGUCGGGACCAGGUCGCCAAGCGGGAGACUGGCUCCGGCAACGCAACGACGGGAUGGAAGUUCUGGAAACGAUGGCGGAAAUGA